AGAAGAAGAAGAACAAGAACAACAAGAAGAAGAACAAUUACGGCUGCUGGUUUCCGGGGAACGUAAAUAAGCACAAGAGGAAGUUGUUGUCAGGCGUAGGGGGUGUAAGCAGUCCGCGGUGACCUGCAGCAACAGGAGGAGACGACGCCGGUUGCUGUCGUCGCAGAAGCAAAAAACAAGUCAUAAUUUUGACGGAUUUGGAAAACUUUUUUUGAAUAUAGACUGAAUUUUGAGAGCAGUAUUGAGCAGAUAGAUGCUGAGAGAUUAUUUUUGGAAGUGGCGGUAGGAGGCAUAAACUGGUAUGUGAAUGGUUCAGAAUGGACACACAGGAGGACAAUAUGGACUUUAAUGAAUGGACGCCAGUAAGUAGAGGGAGAUGAAGAGGAAGAGGUAAAGCAGAAGAAGGAAAGAUAUUAGACAGCCAGAGGAGUAAAAGAGAGCUGGAAGAAAUUUAUUAAAAGAUAGGAGAUGUUUAAAUGGUGAAGGGAGGGUAAUUUAUGGCAUUCCUUUUGAGGAAGAUAUAGACAAAUAAAAAAAAUAAAAAAGCAUUGUUGGUGCACAAGUAAAAAAUCAGAGAGAGAGAGUAGGAAGCCUGUCAAUUUUACUUGAUUUUCAAGAAACAGUGUUGCCACAAAAUGUCAAAAUAGGAUAUCUGAGUUUUCCUGUGAGGCUUUUCAUUCCUCCACCACUAAGAUGUUAUAAAUAUCAGAGAUGAGGCCACAUAGCAGCUGUCUGCAAAAGUAAAGAUGUCCAAAGUGUGGAGAAGAUCACAGAAUUGAAGAUUGUAGGGAAGAAGUGCAGGAAAAAUGUUACAAUUGUGGAGGGCAACAUAGAUGGCAGAGAAGGUGACACAGAACCACAUUAGCUUUAUAAUUAAUAUUAGUAGGUUCGAGGCAAGAUAUUACUAAACAGAAAGUCAAGAGAGAGUGACAAAAAAGGUUGGAUGAAGAAAGGAAAGAAAGAUGGUUUUAUAGAAUCAACAAGAGAAGUAAAAACGGGAAGAAGGAGCAGAAAAGAGGAAAGAUUAAUUACAAGAUUAAGAUUUGGACAAACAGAACUUAAUUCUACAUUGUUUAAGAUACAGAAACUUAUGACAGGAAAAUGUGAUUAUUGUGGAGAAGAGGAAACAAUAGAACAUGUAAUAUUAAAGUGUCAGAAAUAUGAACAAGAAAGAAAAUUUAUGACAAACUUUGUAGCCAUUAGAGAAAGUAUUUAUUUCAUAGAUACAUUGCAAAGAAGUUCAGGGAGCAGACGUAUACAAAUCAUAGCUAGAUGUUUUAAGAAAACUAAAUUAACAAAUAGAAUUCACUUAUUGUAAUAGUAAAGAAGUACAUUUAAAACCAUGAAGAACCACACUCCAUACCAGUUGGUGUCGGUAAUGCACACCUCAAAGUUAUUUAAAAACCACCAGAAAAAGAAGAAGUUUCAUACGCCACGUUCUGUGGAACAGGAAGAAGAGUGCUGUUAGAUCAACGCUUCCUGACAAAUCAGAGCAGCAGCUGCACCAGUUUCAACCAGGUGAUCGCGUGUUGGUCCGAGACUUCCGCAGAUCAGUAAAUUUCAGCGCUGACCGAAAAGAAGACUUCAGAGUCUGCAUGGCUGACCAGAAACGACUUCCCUCCAAGGACAAUGAGUUCCUGGACGGAGCCAGCAGCUCCAAGAAGUCGUGUCCGGGUGGCAGCAGAACCAGCAGCUCCAAGAAUCCUGGACACGUAGCUGCUCUGAUUCUGGCCCGAGGUGGAAGCAAAGGGAUCCCACUGAAGAACAUCAAGACUCUGGCUGGGGUCCCCCUCAUCGGCUGGGUGCUGAGAGCGGCUAUUGACUGUGGGAAGUUCGACAGUGUCUGGGUGUCAACAGACCACGAUGAGAUUGAAAAAGUUGCUGAAUCCUGGGGCGCCAAAGUCCACCGCAGGAGCCCAAAAGUCUCCAAGGACUGUUCCUCUUCCCUGGAGACCAUAAAGGAGUUUCUCGAGGAAAACCCAUACGUGACGGUGGUCUGUAACAUCCAGGCUACGUCUCCGUGUCUCCACCCGUUUCACUUACAGGAGGCCCUGAAGAAGAUGAUUGACAAGAAAUGUGACUCAGUCUUCUCUGUGGUCCGGAGACACCAGUUCCGCUGGAAGGAGGUCAGGAAGGGAAGUGACCAAUGCACUCAGCCGGAUAAUCUGGACCCUAAGAAUCGUCCGCGGCGUCAGGACUGGGAUGGAGAGCUCUUUGAGAACGGCUCGUUUUACUUCGCCACCACAGACCUCAUCAUGAAGAAGGGAAGCAUGCAGGGCGGUAAGGUCGCCUACUUUGAGAUGGAUCCACAGCACAGCGUGGAGAUCAAAGAGGACAUCGACGAGGACAUCAACUGGCUCUUGGCAGAGCAGAUGGUUCUCAGGUUCGGUUACCACCGGGGAUAGGAGCCACUGAAGGAUGUGUCCCUACAUCAGUAAAAACCUUCACUUUUAAAGUAUUUCUGACUUAGUCAAGUUAAUGUUUUAAAAAACUCCGGUAAUUUGACUCUGGUACACUUUGCUCUCUGGUUUUUGUUUUUUGUGUUACAGAAUAUACAAAUAUAUACAUAAAUAAUAAAAAGGUGCAUUUUCAA